AAUCAUCUACUACACCACCAAAAGUGUGGAGGACGUAAUGAAUCGUUGUCUUGGAACUUCCCUGGUAAAUAAUGAGCAAUACCCUCUAUAACCAUUGUACCAAGUUACUUCAGUCGAUACAGAAGGAUCUGGACGAAUUUGAGCGUGGUGUUGAAGAUGAAAACAACACGAUAUCUUUAGCGGGUAUCCAAGGUCAAAUAUCAGCAUCCUUUCUUUCACUGAAUCGUUCUAUUGAGGAUUAUAAUAGUAUGGUGAAACGGGAACUGAUACCUGCAAAGAAAAAUAAAGCUACAGUGCGUGUUCAAGAAUUUUACCAAAAGCAUUCCCAGCUAUCAGAGCAUUUUGAGCGACUAAAGGCCCAGGUCCGUGAUGCUGCCCAUGCGAAAAACAGAAGGGAGUUAUUUGGUAGAAGAGGGUAUCCGUCUGCAACUCCCGAUAACCCAUAUGGUGAAAACGGAAUGACAGAUGCUGAAUUAGUUGAGAAUGGUCCACCUAAUCUCACUAGACAGGAAGGCCUUUUGCAUGAAAAUGAUUUUUUAGGAAGAGCUGAGUCUCAAAUUGAUGAGUAUUUAGAACGCGGUCGCUUGCUACUUGGUGACUUGGUUGAGCAGAAAACAAUUUUGAAGUCGACAAAGAAGAAAGUGCUAGAUGUAGCAAAUACACUGGGAAUCAGCAGGACGACGCUUUCAGCUAUAAACAGGCGCUCAAGACAGGAUAAAGUCAUAUUCUAUUCAGGUGCUGCUUUCGUCUUUUUCUGUUUUUAUUUAAUUGUUCGCUGGCUACGAUAGUUCCCGUUUUGAAAUUGCCUUCUGGUCGUCUUUAAUGUCCUUCUAGCAAUACAAUGAGUUAUAUUCUGCUAGAAAACUAUGAGCUUUCUUUGACAUUUGUUCUUCCAAACGUUCUUCUAUUCCACCCAUAGUAUCAAAGAAAAGAUUUCCUCUUCUCUACCCAUUCUCAAGUAAUAAACUUUUGUUAAGUUCUCCCGUUCUUUGAAUUUUCCUUCUCCUUCUCUCUAUACUUCCCUUCGGGUGAGUUUUUCUUUUUAAUUAUGUCUGUUCCAAAGAACGUGCCUUCCACUAGCCAGUUGAUUAAAAAACAAUUGA